AUGACCAUUUUGUCAGCGGAGAGAGCUCCAUCCCGGAGGAUUCUGGCGGUGGUGACAGUCGGGCGAUACACUUGUGCUGCCCCUAUUCUUGAGAUUUGUCGUAUUCUUCAUGCUCGUGGUCAUACCAUCGAGUUUGCCUGUCUUGAUGGACAUCAAGGGCUUGCAACUCCCCAUGCCUUCGUGUCCAAGAUUCAUGUUGUUGGUCGGAACAUGACAGUUGAAGAGGACAAAGCCCUAUAUCGACUGUUUGAUGAGUCCGAUGCCUCAAAUGCGGAAGGCCGCAAAGGCACUUUCCGUGCUCUAAUGAAAUUUCACAGCUGGUGGCCGGAGACUUAUCGAAAUCUCAAGGCCCUCGUUUCUGACCCGGCCUAUCGCCCCGACUUCAUUUUGGCAGACCUUCUCGCUGACGCAUGUAUCGACAUUAUGAAUGAGUUUGAAAUUCCUCUUGCGGUUCACUAUCCACAAAUGCCGAUUCAAAUGGCGCCUCAAAAGUAUAUCCCUGGCAUGCCUGGUGCACAGCUUAAGCAUUUGAGUAGUGAACAUGCCAGCUUGUGGGACCGACUUCAAGAGGAAUAUCACGUCCUACAACUGAUCUUUGCGAUGAAAGACUAUAUCCUGUUUCAAAGGAAGAUGCGUCGAGAAAUGGGACUCGGCCCUCGCCCACCACCAAGAAAGCCAGACUACUUGGUCCUUGUCAACUCGUUCUUUGGUCUUGAAGUUCCAAAGGAUCUUCCUCCACUUAUGAUACCCAUAGGUCCAGUAUUGGCCGACACCUUCACGCCACUGGAUACUACCCCGGAACUGUUAAACUUCCUCCAGGUCCAUAGAAAGGUCAUAUAUGUAGCAUUCGGUUCACACGUUGAACUGCCUGCAUGGCGUGUUCGCCGGCUGAUAAAGGGUUUGGUACAAGCCCUUGAAUCAGGCGAUAUAGAUGGGGUUAUCUGGGCAUGGAAGGAUCGUGCCUCAGUCAUGAAGGACCUUGAAUCUGACCCGAGCUCAAUCGAUGAUGCCAAAGUAGAGUAUUCUGCUAUUUUGGACAACAGAAAUGAGGGAUUUAAGAUUGUGGGAUGGGUUCCCCAGCGCGCGAUUCUUGAUCAUUCAAGCGUUUGCCUCUACCUCUCUCAUUGUGGCGCCUCAUCCACAAUGGAGGCCGUCUACCACGGUGUGCCUGUGGUGGCCAUGCCUGUGUACGGAGAUCAGCUGGCAAACGGAAAGCGCCUAGAGGCUGCCGGAGUUGGCAUCAACAUGAAUAGAAAGAACUUUACUGCCGAAGAAUUGUCCGCAAAUAUAAAAACACUCGUUCGCGAUGAACAGGGCUCGUUCGCACGGAAUGUUCUUCGCUUGCAGCGAAUAGCCACGGCUAACAGUCGACGGAAAUAUGUUGCCGCUGAUAGGAUUGAAGAGGUCAUGUACGAUGCGGAACUUUUAUCUAGUGACGAAGCUGUGGUGAGCCGUCCGAUGCACCUGCAAACACCUGACAGCCGCAUGUCGUGGUUCAAGGCCAACAACCUUGACCUUUAUCUUGUAUAUAUAGCUCUCUUUGCCGUUCCAGUUGGCGCCGUGCGAUGGAUAAGCAAUAACUGGCUGUAG